AUGCAGAAUUACAGAUCUAUACAAAAUAAAUUACAAACCAGAUGUUUUUAUAAAUCUUCAAGACACUUUUCAAGACCACUCACAGAUCCUGAAAAUAAAGGUCAAAGACAACAAGGAGUUAAUUUUGAUACACUUGGAUCCUGGAACAAUAGAAUUGAUAUGACAAUUCUACUGGAAGAAAGCAUCAAAACAGGUCGGUUAAUUCCUAAAGUAAAUUUGAAUGAUACUAGCCAUAAGUCAUUAUUAGGUAGAAGAAAAACCAAUGAAGACAGAAGUGAUAUACGGGAAUUGCUCCCUGGCUUACAAUAUUUUGCUAUCUUUGAUGGUCACGGUGGAGCAUUUGCUGUGGAUUAUGUUCAUCAAAAUCUGGUUAAUCACAUCUUAUAUUGGUAUCCUAGAUUAUCCAGUCUAUCUGAAGUCCUAACCAAUUCUUUUAUAAAUAUCAAUAAUCUUUUAAGUCGACAUAUUAAUACAUAUUUAAUAGAUACAGAUAUCUAUAAUACAGGAACUACUGCCACAGUUUGUUUAUUGAAGGACAGUAUCAAUUUAGUGGUUGGCCAUGUUGGAGACAGUAGGGCUGUACUGUGUCGAGAUGGGGAGCCUAUACGGCUAUCAACAGAAGAUAGUCCAGAAUAUUCUGAGGAAGCUAAAAGGAUUAAGAAGUAUGGAGGGUAUAUUGUGGAGAACAGUCUUGGGCAAUUGCAAGUCAAUGGACGUCUAGCCAUGACACGUAGUCUAGGUGAUGUCGAAUUGGAAAAAGUUGGCGUCGUGGCCACACCACAUAUAAGAUCAAUAGAAGUCAAACAUGGUCGUGAUGCUUUCUUAGUCCUAGAUACAGAUGGUGUUAAUUUUGUUUUAAAUGAUCAUGAAACGGUCAAUUUAGUUAGUAGUUGUCCAUCUCCAAAAGAAGCAGCUAGUAGCUUAGUGGAUGAAGCUUUACAUUUCGGUUCUGAAGACAAUUCAACUUGUGUAGUGAUUCCGUUUGGAGCUUGGGGAAAAUAUCGUGAUGCAGAUAAAUCUAUGCCGUAUAGUUUUGGUCGAAAUUUAUUAGGCAAUAGAUACAAAUAUGGAUAA